AUGGCUGAACUUUUACCUGGGGCUGAGCACAGAUUUUGCAUGAGACACCUAUAUGCAAAUUUCAGGAAAAAGUUUAGAGGGCAAACAUUGAAGAAUCUGAUGUGGAAGGCUACUACUAGUUACUACCCCGAAGCUUGGGAAAGAGAAAUGUUAAAAAUGAAAGAUGUGAAUGUAGAGGCUUACAAACACCUCAUUGCUCUUCCCCCAAGGUAUUGGUCUAGAUCUAGAUUUACAGGUCGAGCUGUAUGUGAUACAUUAGUAAAUAACAUGAGUGAAGCUUUUAAUAGUGUUAUUGUUGAUGCUCGAGGAAAGCCCAUUAUAACCAUGCUAGAGGAAAUUAGAGUUUACAUCAUGAAAAAAUGGGCAACGAACANAAUCAAGAUGGCAAAUAUGGACUUUCANAUUUGCCCCAAGAUUAAAAAGAGGCUUGCAAAAGAAUCAAGAUUAUGUAAGAAUUGGAUCCCUAGUUGGUGUGGAGAGAAAUUGUUUGAAGUAAGGCAUUUUGCAAUGGUUACAAACAAGUAUGCUGUGAACCUCGACACUCAAGACUGUACCUGCAGGAAAUGGGUCGUUAGUGGCAUCCCUUGCUGCCAUGCAAUUGCAGCAAUGACAUUCUUAAAUCUAAAUCCAGAAGACUUUGUCCCCAUUUGGUUCAGAAGGUCAACGUAUGAUGAAACCUAUGCGUCUAUCAUAUUUCCAGUGAAAGGGCACCUUCUUUGGGAAAGAACAUCCUACCCAGACGUCCUCCCACCAUUCAGAAGAAAGUUACCUGGCAGACCCAAGAAAAAGAGAAGGUUGGAGAGUUGGGAACUAAGAAGGGAUGAAACGCAGAUGAGUAAAGGUGGCCACCGGAAAAAAUGCAGCAUAUGUCGUAUUGUUGGCCAUAACAGAAAUCAAUACCCCUUACGUCCACAACCUUCUGAAGAACCAAGUCAAGAAAGGACAGAACCAUGUGAUGAACCACCCCAACCAACACAGGAAUCCACAGAACAACCAACUGAGCCAGUCAAAAGGGACAAGUUACCAAUCAGAAGGAGACCAAAUUAG